AUGAUUGGCCAAGGCACAACGGGCAUGCUCGGCGAAGAUGGCAUCCACGUCGACAUGAACCACCUUAAAAGCGGAGAGGUCAACCUCGGAACCUCCAUCAUGGCUAUCAACUUCAAGGACGGUGUUAUUCUGGGUGCAGACAGUCGCACAACUACUGGUGCCUACAUUGCCAAUCGAGUCACCGACAAAUUGACACAGGUUCACGAUACCAUUUGGUGCUGCCGAUCGGGUUCGGCAGCCGACACCCAAGCUGUGGCGGACAUUGUCUCCUACCAUCUCAACAUGUACGGUGUUGUCAACGGAGAGGCUCCUAGCACUCAGGUGGCUGCAUCACUUUUCCAGGAAUUGUGCUAUGAGAAUAAGGAUUCUCUAAGGUCAGCUGACUCCGUCGCCGGUAUCAUCAUUGCUGGAUAUGAUCCACGACACGGUGGCCAGGUGUACUCGAUACCGCUGGGAGGAUCGCUACACAAGCAGUCGUUUGCAAUUGGAGGAUCAGGAUCGACCUACAUCUACGGUUAUACCGAUGCGCACUGGAAAGAGCAGAUGACAGAGGAAGAGGGCAUUGACUUUGUGCGAAGCUCUCUUCAGGAAGCGAUCAAGUGGGAUGGUAGCUCUGGUGGUGUUAUUCGAAUGGUUGUCUUGACUAAGAAGGGCUCCGUUCGACACCUUUACCUGCCAGACAAUGGCUACACUGGACCUGGAGUGACAAAUUAG